CUAAAGUCCACACUACUUAAAUAAUGUGCCUCUGGAUUCUAACCUUUAGGCUUUAUCUAGUCAUGUGUAUAUGUUGAAUAACUUUCAUAACAAAACAAAAUAAAAUGAUAUUACUAGUUUUGUCAUUUGUGCAUGGCCCUAUGCUACUACAUACAAUAUCAUCAACUAGUAUUAUGUAAUAAAAAUAUUUUAUUCUCAACCUAACAAUUGGUCAAGUGACUAGAGUAGUUUAAUUAAUUUUGUUGAAAAUGGGAACAAAAUCUCUCUUUUUAAGGAGUGUCUCUAAUAAUCUAUCCUCAUCUUGUCUAAACGUUCAUGCAUUUGAUUCAUCUUUUCCUCUAAUUCUCUUUGGCAUAAAGUUUCCAUUAAUUUCAUGGCUAACAAGGUGAAUUUGAUAGAGAAGUGUCAAGUUGGUCCUCCACAAGCUAUAAAGAGGAACAAGCUAGUGGGACAAAAUGGUAUUUUUGAAGCAGCGGUUGCCAUUGGAAACAAGAUUAGAGAAAUGCAAUCUGAACCGUAUAAGAAUGUUGACACAUUGAUGUCAUGUUUUAGUAAAUUUGGAUCAAUGGAGCAGCAUGCUGUGGCUAUUGCAGGUUCACCAAAGUUUGAUGCGUAUGAAACUGAUUUUGGGUGGGGAAAACCUAUGUUAAGUGAGGUGCUUCAAGCAGAUUCAAGAUUGGUCACCCUUUCUGAUUGUAGAGAAAAAGAAGGUGGAAUUCAAGUUGGAGUAGCUCUUGGGAGGACUCAAAUGCAUAAAUUCAACUCUAUUUUGGAACACCUCCUUGCUGAUAUUGCAAUCAAGGAGGGUGAAUAAUUAAUUUCCUCAAAAGUAAUAAUUAUGAGCUUUGGCUCGUAUAUAUCUCCAGUAGCUACUAUAUAUUUUAAUCUCUUUUUGUGGCCAUGGUUAUUUAUUUCAGUAAGUGGAAGAAUUAUGUUAUUGGGAUUCAAUUGCAAUACCAGGUCAUGCAUGUUCAGAGAAUAAUUGGUCAUUUGGUCUUA